AUGCCAAAUAAUAUAACAACAAUUAGAUAUAAACGACAAAUACGGCCGUUGCUAUCUAAGAUACAUACUUUAAAUGAUUUGUAUUCUAAAAACGCGCUGUUGUUUGAAUUUGACGUUUCCAAAAUCGACAUAAACAAACAGAUUAAAAGCACAGUUGAUGAUGACGAUUAUCACCCCAGAAAAAAGACGAAAACGAUAUCACCAGAAGAAUCAAUAGAGCCAGACUUUUACAAUCCUAGAACUCCCGAAGAAAGACUCAAAUCAUUAAGACGUUAUGUAUCAUCCGAACUAUUUAAAGCCUAUACCGAGUUGUUUUCGAUAUUAAAACCUCUACUAAUUUCUUUGGCCCCACCUGAUUGUACUUGGACACUUGCUACCAGAUGUGCAUUCGAAAUAGGCAAAGAAAUGGCCGAAUCAACAACAACCACUUAUUAUCGUCUUAAUAAUGUGCAUUUAUUUGAUCCUGAUCUUGUGCAUCCUAGUAUUAAAGAAUUGUAUGAUGAGUUGUAUGGGGACAUUGAUGAUUGGAUUGAUAUGGAACCAGUUUUAGUUACGAGCAAUUAUAGGAGGUAUUUACUUACUGGAUAUGUCAGUAAACUUUUGGUGAUACAUUCCCAGACUACAUUAUACAUGUUUCUUCCUGUGCUACUACAUUGGCUAUCACAUCAAAGUUCGUAUCUACGACACUUGGGACAAUUACUAGGCAAUGAUUUCUUUUGUUUCCCUGACAAUUCAACAACUAACAUUGAGGAGUUGAAUGGAUUAAAAUUUAAUAAUACUUUGCAAAUGUUUUGGACUUUGUACGGGAUUAAUUAUUGGAAACCAUUUUUGAAUAGGACCACUCUAUCGGUUGUAUUACCAUACAAGAUUUCUUUGGAUAUGUUUGAUGGGCUAGAAGAUACACAUCAGUUACCAAAAGGCUAUUACAGAAGAGAGUUGUAUGCAAUGUUUCAAAGUUGUCUCAAUUACAAUAUAAUAGUUAUGAUAAUGGUUAAAAUAUUCCAAAAAGCCCGCAAGAAAUGCAAGACUUAUGAAGAAGCAUACCAGCAUUUUAAAAACAUUUACAUUUCGACUUUGGAAAUGGCGUGUAAUUGGUUGCCUUUCUAUAGCACUAUUUUCCCAAAUAAUAAGAUAAUUUUCAAUUCAAUAAGGCAACUAGAACGAUUUAUGCAGAGUAAGUUGAAAGUAUUGUCUGGUCAAGGAGGAAAGUAUAUGUUAUUAUAUAAGAAAUCACAAGGCUUUUUCGAAUCACUUGACGCUAUACUGUAUUAUUAUCUUUAUCCUGAACGGAAAAUUACUUUGAGUUCAGUGGAUACCAUUGCCAAGACAGCAGUUAAGUUGAGAAUUGACAAUCAUAAAUUUCUAGCUUGGUUAAAUAAAAACGCCUAUUAA